GUUUGUUUCAAUUCUUUUAACUCAUCACGACGUAAGUCAGGUGACAGUUUGAAAAUUGUGAUUGUGAUAUAGAGUAAAACACACAACUCAGAACACUAAAUUGUUUGGUUGUUGCAAAAAAAGAAGUUUUGUUCGACUUAAAGAAAUCACAAUUAAAUCACGAAAAUGGCAUUGCAUUCGGCUGUAAAAGGAAAACUUAUCUCGGUGAUUGGUGAUGAGGACACUUGUGUUGGAUUCUUAUUGGGAGGUGUUGGUGAAAUCAAUAAAAAUCGUCAUCCCAACUUUAUGGUCGUCGACAAAAAUACACCAAUUGGUGAAAUUGAAGAAUGCUUCAAACGUUUCAUUAAACGCGAUGACAUUGAUAUUAUUUUGAUAAACCAAAGUUACGCUGAAUUGAUUCGUCAUGUGAUCGAUGCACAUACAGCACCAUUGCCAGCUGUUUUGGAAAUUCCAUCCAAAGAUCAUCCAUACGAUGCAUCCAAAGAUUCGAUUUUGCGACGUGCCAAGGGUAUGUUCAAUCCAGAAGACAUGGGAGCUCGCUAAUUACGAUAAUAUAUUGAAGUGUGUUGAAUGUUGUGUGCGCAAAAGAAAAUGCACAAAAUCAAAUAACGUCAGCCAACAUAAAGUGUCAUUCAACAAAUUAUCAGUAUUUAAUUUUCUGGAUUCAGUAAUUUUGUUAAUAUAUUCUUGAAACAAAUAAGAAAAUCGUCUACAAAACGAAAUUCAAACAGUUGGUCGGGUUUGAAACUUACUCAACUGUUUAAUUUCAUUCCAUGAAAUAUCUAUGUAUAUAUAAAUAAAAAAAAAUUAUCCAAUAUGUAAUCUGAACAAAACA